AUGACGAGCCACAGCACUUCUGGCGGGGUGCAUCCCGUGCUUGCGCUCGUAAACCGGUGCGACGAGCUUGCGCGCACGUUCGACUCGACCUUCGAAGCGUCAUGUAACCUGCUUCGUCAACCUACCGGCACUCUCGACGACACGCUGGCGGCGUUGCGAUCAACACUGGACCAGUGCGAGCAGAUUGUCGCCGCCAUGCUCGCGUGCAUCUACGAGGACAUCCCCCACCUGCUCGACCAGCUCGACUCCAACGACCACCUCGUCGCAAAUUGGAAUCCCAAACUCGCCCUCGAAAGCAUCAGCACCUUGUUCUACUCGUACCAGGAAUUGUUGUUGGAAAAGCGAGAGCUACUCGCCGACUUUACAUGCGAGGAAAUCAGCCCCCAGUCGUUUGUGGAGCAAUGGACCCAGAUCGACAGAACCCUCUCGACACAGCGCCAACAACAAGUCGACGACCUCGCCGAUCUCCUAGCAGCAUUCUAG